GGAUAGAUAAGAUGGCUGCUCUUGAGAAACAUCCAGACCUGAGACUCCAGCAGUACAAUCCAUCAGAUCCCAGCACCAGUCAGAAGAGUAAUUUCUUGGAGACUGACUGGAAGACACCUAUGUUGUCUGUGAAGUUCCAGAGCCGUGUCAGUCGCUGUUCAAGUGUGGCCGACAGCGGGGAUGGGGGCAUUGGAACCUCCUGCUCAGACAGCACAGAAGACUUCUGCAAUUCCAGUAACGGUUCCUCAUUCCAGCCCAUCAAAACCCAAGUGACCAUCCCAACAGCCCAUGUUAUGCCUUCUACGUUGGGUGCCUCGCCCUCCAAGCUGUGCUCUGCAGGAGACCAGAGCUGUUCCCAGAGUACUUCAAAAACUGCUGUGCCAGGAUCUGCUUCUGAACACACAGGGCUCAUGAGAAAUGGAGAUUUUAAUGCCGGGAAGUCUUCUCAGGUGCCACCCAGGGAUCUCUUGCGUCUCUACGGGACUUCAGGGGAAAAUGGUUUUGAGCAAUCCUGGCAUCCUGUUUCUGAUCACAUGAGAACAGAAGAUACUUGGAAGUUUGACACCCCUGCCAUUGAGCACACCCUUAACCAGUCUCUCUUUCUGGAUAGUUUGUGCACUGACCCUCUCCGCAGGUUCCAGAAGUUCAAUCCAAACUCUGGGGCAGCUGAGGCAGGAAAGGACCAUUAUAAGGUGCUGCCAGAGAGUAAGCAAGUGGCAGGGGCUAAUGGUGUCUGUGAGCCCCAAGACGGAACAUGGCCGAGCGGGAGCAGACUGAUGCCAACGGGACUCCAGGCCAACAAUUUCUUUUCAAAACCUGUAAAUCCUUCAUCUCGAGCAUGGAUGCAAGAAGCCUGCACGCUACAUCCGCACGAGAGCGUCUGCGAGCUUAGUGCUUGGAAACAGCAGCUGGAGAAAGUGCGAUUGCAAAUAGAGCAAAUGCAGUUACAAAAUGGAGGCGUCUGCCACCAUCCCUCAAUGUAUUCUGCUUCGCUGCCUACACCUGAUCCAGCUCAGUGGAUCAAUAUCCUGAACUCCAAUGAAAACCUACUCAAGGAGAAAGAGCUCCUCAUUGACAGACAAAGACAACACAUAUCCCAGUUGGAGCAGAAGGUCCGGGAAAGUGAACUGCAGGUUCACAGUGCCCUGCUUGGCUGUCCGGCACCCUAUGGAGAUGUCUACAUGUUGAGAAUGCAGGAGCUGCAGCGGGAGAACACGUUUCUUCGAGCACAGUUCACAGAGAAGACUGAAUCCCUCAGUAAGGAAAAGAUUGAAUUGGAGAGAAAACUUGCUGCUGCAGAGGUGGAUGCAAAGCUGAUCCGGGAGUCACUGAAAGAAACUAUGCAGAAACAUGCGGAGGAGUUAAAGAAACAGGAAGAAAGGGUAAAGGGAAGAGACAAACACAUUAAUAAUCUCAAAAAGAAAUGCCAGAAGGAAUCUGAACAAAACAGGGAGAGACAACAGAGAAUCGAGACCCUGGAACGAUACCUGGCUGAUCUACCAACCCUUGAGGACCACCAGAAACAGAGUCAGAAGCUGAAGGAAUCUGAACUGAAGAGUACUGCUAUGCAGGAAACAGUGCUGGCACUGGAAACAGAGCUUGGAGAUGUCCGGGCUGCUUUCAGGGAGCAAGAGAUGCAGCUAGAAACCCAAAAACACAAGGAGCUGGAGCUUCUUUCCACUGUGCGCAGCUUGCAGGACAAGGUGCAGCAGUGUGUAAAGAAUGCAGAGAGAGGACCCUCUGCCCAGGAUGGGGAGAGACAGAAAAUAGAAAAUGACUCUCUGAAGAAAGAAUGCGACUGCCUCAGAAAGAUUGUGGACAAACAGCAGAAGAAGAUGGAGCAGUUGUCCUUGCAAGUAAAGAACCUGGAAGAACAGGUGGCCCAGGAAGAGGGGACAAGCCAAGCUUUGAAAGAGGAGGCGAUGAGGAGAGAAAAUGCACUGCAGCAGCUCCGGACUGCUGUGAAAGAGCUUUCAGCGCAGAACCAGGAUCUCAUUGAGAAGAACCUGACCCUUCAGGAACGACUGCGGCAGGCAGAGCUAAUAACCCAGCCCCUGCCUGCUGAGACAGCCCGCCUCACCCAGGAGUUGCACAGCGAGCUGGCCAGUUGUCUGCAGGAUUUGCAGUCUGUCUACAGCAUUGUCACUCAGAGGGCUCAGGGCAAGGAUCCCAACCUCUCUCUGCUCCUGGGCAUUCGCUCUGUUCAGUACUCCACUAAGGAGAAAGAUGACUUGCUGAGCCCUGAUGGACUUGCAAAGAAACUGGUGGAGGUAAAACAGCUUCACAAAGAGGUGGAGGACUUAAGGACGGCAAUAUCUGACAGAUAUGCUCAGGACAUGGGAGACAACUGCAUCACCCAGUAAUGAACACUUCCCAAAGUAAGACAGGAAAUGAAGACUUGAAACCCUUGGGAGUCUAGAGCUCCUACAACCCAAAACCUAUUCAGCACUUUACCAUCCCUUUGCUCGGGUACAAGAUGUGUGACUUAUCCAAUCUGUGAGAAAUCAGGGGUUUGCUGCCAGAAGUGUUUAGCUUCUGACUGGCUAACUGGAAUCGUUCAGGGCUUCUGUGUCGGCCUUUGCAGUAGCUUUGAUCUUGUGGAAUGUGUUUAUGCUGUGUUUGCUGGAGCUGGUGUGGUCUCUGACGCUGUGAGAUGAAUUCUGAAUUGCCUUUCAGGCAUGUCAAAUGCUGAACAUGCAAAUGUGACAGUUAAAAUCAUCACUAAAAGGAAAUGUAUGCCCUGGUCUUUCUGAUAAAUUCUCUGCACAGAUCCUGUGUGACUAGUAAGACCAGAGGAUUAUCAGAGAGUUCAGGGGAUAUCUGUGGACUUCACAGGCAAGCAGGUGUGCCAGUUAUACUACUGCUAAUUACAUCAAGGUGCUACAGGCUCCUCAGAUGCUGUGUGCACAGUUCUGGCUUGGAUGCUUGUGUAGCCAUUCAUGGAGCAGGACCUGCUUUCCUCAGGUAAAUGCAACUGGAGUCUUUCAGUAGCCAACAGGAGUUGGAGAAUAAAGCAACACUAAA